CGCGAGCCACAUUUCCGCCGUUUGCUCGGGGAUUCCUGGUAGCGCGUGAGACAGCGUUCGGGAAGUGACCAAUCAGAGCGCGGUGUCGCGAUGACGCCCUGGGAUUCCGCGAAAUUGUUUCUUUUGAGAAAGAGAACAGCGAAAAACACUGCGGCGGCGGCGGCGGCGCGCGCGCUCACACAAGUUUUGACGCAGUUAUGAACAGGACCAGCAAGGCAACGGCACGACUUUUGGGAUUUGUCCGACACGCGGCUGGAAAUCGGACAAACCCGUUGUUUGUUUGUUUUUGACGUACACGGAAAGACUUCCAGAUUGCACAGAUAUUGACGGACACGCGUGGGGAACAUCACGUUCCCUGGAGCGGACUCGCAGCUUGUUGCACAAGAGCUCCGAAGAAGAAAAAGGAACAUUGUGUUGUUGUUGUUUUUUAAGGCGGUGGGGGGGUUCUCUUUUUCUCCCGGACACCUUGUAACACCUCGGCGUUUUACUUGUCUGGUCUUGUAAGAAACCUCCAGACGAUCAUGACGGAUGUGGAUGUCGCCGCGACGCGCGCGCUGCCCUCCACGGACGGAGCGGAUGUGGAGGCGGAGAUGGAGAGCCAGGAGAGCCGCACGCUGCUCAUGGUGGCGAUGAUCCUGCUGGACUUGAACCAGUGCGGCGGAGUGUGUCCUAAGAGCUCGGUAGAAAGCGCCGCAAAUGCUCAACCCGGCGUGAAGGAGAAGUGCCGAGCGGCUGGGAGCGAGCGGCCGGGGCGCAGGCGGCAGAGCGCCGAGAAGAAGCACCGCUGCCCCUACGCAGGAUGUGGCAAGAUCUACGGAAAGUCUUCUCAUCUGAAAGCGCACUGCCGUGUACACACCGGUGAGAGACCAUUCCAGUGCACAUGGCCCAGCUGCAGCAAGCGCUUCUCCCGAUCAGAUGAGCUGACGCGCCACUUUCGUACACACACGGGCGAGAAGCGCUUCGCCUGUCCCCUCUGCACCAAGUGCUUCAUGCGCAGCGACCACCUGACCAAGCAUGCGCGCCGCCACGACGGCUUCCAUCCCAGCAUGCUCUGCAAGUCCAAUGGCCGGAGGCGCCGCUCCUCAGCCUCCACGUCCUCCUCUGGCUCCGGAGAUGUUGAGUGAUGCUCAGAACAAUUUUUUUUUUAAAAACAAAAAUUUUUUUCUAAGCAACUUAAUUUACCGAUAAGUAUAGGAUCUGCACAUACCUCUGAUGUGUACACUGCCGGACCUUCUUUUGUGACCGUCUCUAGUCUGAGAGCUUUCACGUUGUCCAAAUGCGACAUGCGAAUAAAAGCAUAAACCCCUUCGCACACACAAUCCGCUAAACUGACAGCGCAAGUAGGAAUAUGUACACUUACCGUCCGAGGGUUGGUUGGCAAGCGCAAUGGCUGAACUGCAGGCGCGUGCUUGACGUAUAAAAUCUAGUCGUGUAAAUCACAUAGAACCCACAUCGGACCAAUUCUUGUAAAUUCAAGAACGAACCCACGUUGAGUAUCACCGUAUAUAUUACAGAACGGACUGAUUAGCAGCGCGUGACUAAUCCCAUAUCAAAUGCAGUGAAUCAGGUACAGUAGGGUUUACAUGAUGUUUAAGGAAAAUACGGAUCUCACUGGAAUUGUCUGGCAAAAAAAAAAAGUGCACAAUUUCCCUCCUUAGACCACUUGUAACUAAUCAGCUAAUACAUAUUCGGUAUUUGAAGUCUUCCUUGAACCACAUCCAGUUUUUUUUUUUCGCUGGCUGAUGUGAUUUAGGACACUGUGGGGGUUACUGUAAUCUAUAAACGUUAACAAAACUUCACAGCGUAGCUGAACAUUGUACCGUCAUGGAGGCGGCCAUUUUGGAAAUCCAGAAUCACAUUUGUAUUGGGUUUUUUUUGUGUGUGUGUGUGUGUGUGUGUGUGUGUGUGGUUCUUCUUGACUUUGCCUCCUAAACUUUAAAGAUACAUUGUUAUUUAAAGUAAGUAUGAGACACACUUCUAUUGCUAUAUUAGCUUUACAGGUGUGAAGAAGAAAUUUUUUCUUCUUUUUUUUUUUUUUUUUUUUUGCCUGACUCCAAAUCAAACGUCUUGGCUGAUUGAAUACAUUUGUGUUUAGGGGAAAUUGUGUAGUUAUUUAUUUUCUUAAAUAGAGAUUUACCAUGUAUAGUCAGAUCUAUAACCCAUUAAGAGAGUACAUUACUAAACAGGCAUCAUGAAGAUUCUUUGUGAAUAGUAUAAGAUAGCUAAUGCAAGCUGAGGCUGAAGACUACUUCAUGUGGAAAAAGUCACGGAACUGUACCGCAUCAGCUGGGAUUCAGUGUCAUGUAAUUAGAAAAAACGAAUUGUGUAGCGGAUUACGUACUGUAGGUCCAAUAAUUGUGCCAUUUUAUUACAGACGUCCUGGUCGUCGGCAGGUACAUUCGGCUCAUGCGUUGUUCGUUCGUAUGAUUUUCAGAUGUUACGGCUGUAAAAUAAUGCGUAUUUAUGUGUUAAUUUCCCAUUUGAAUUCCUUGAUCUUUUUUCAUUGACGAGCAUGUUGCUUCUACAAGGGAAUUUGUGGGAUCUUUAUUAUUAUUAUUAUUAUUAUUAUUAUUAUUAUUAUUAUUUUUCCAUUUCUAUCUUGUUUUACUAAUACAUAAUAUAUUGGACUGUAAUUUAGUCUUUAAAGUACCCUUGGUGGCUUGUUUUUGAUGACUCCCCGCGUCCAAUUUUAAGUUCUGCUACUUUAUCAGCCCGAAUGUUUUUCCAGUGAGUGUUUUGGGGGUCAAAGUAUGCAUGACUAUAUUAACUCGCAGUAGCUGAAUUUCCAGAGAAAGUAGCACGAAAAUGGAUGGUGGACGCAACUGUUAAUUAUAAGCACUACAAUGCUUCAUAAUUAGAAAAUAAUAUACGACAUUUAACAUGAUACAUUGAUAGGAUUCUUAUAGGAAGGAGUACUCCAGCUUAAACUGCUUCUAGCUGAUUAGCAUGCUAGCUGUUUCCGGUAGCUAGUUGGCUAGCUAGGCAGUUUGGCCGUUCCUUUAAACACACGUUGGAGCGUGUUGAAAGGAAACCGAAUCUGAAAGGAAAUGCGUUUAACAAGAACUGACAUGCCUUCAUGUUGUUCUGCUGUCUAGUUUAUAACCUAACUGGAUAACAGCAUAUCUUGGAGACAAGCUAGCUGGCAAGUCGAUAUGAUUCUGCGAACAGUGGACAAAGUACAAAGAAAAGAGACUGGAGAAAUCCCCAAAAGCAAGCGCACUUUUUCCCGUAUGUCAGUACUUGAAAAUUUUGGAAGUAGACAAGGGCUUGUUUAAAAUAGUGUAGAAGCGUAAGGACAGUAUGAUCGCUAGUCCUGGACUUUCACAGUUACUCGAUCACGUGUACUAACUUCAUAAUUUGGUUUAUUGAGUGGUAAGGAAAAGUAUGUAAGGUGUUUUUGUUUUUUUUUUUUUUUUUUGGGUUUCAGUAACAGAUUCACGUUGCGCAAAGGCAAAACAACUUAAUUUACACGAUUUACUUGAAAUAUUCAAUGCUGUGACUUAGUCUUGGAUAUAUAUACGAGCAGCCACCGAGUGAAUGACAACAACGUUAACGACUAACAGUGUGUUCAGAUAGUGUGAGUAAACUAAUUCAGCUGUCAAUCACAUGAGAAACAGUUGCAUCAGUACAGUACACCCUCUUCUGUACUGCAGGCUCUCGAUUCACGUGCACUUUUUAACAAUACGGACGUAUUUUUUUGUAUGUCUGAAUUUCCAGGUUUCUGUUUUUGACCUGUAACGAUUGAAUGUAACGAUACACCGCCUCUUCUCUGACACCAUGUCAACUUCGUCAUUGUAAUGAAUGUAGAACGGACUGAACUAACCACUGACAAAUGCUUUGUAUUCAAUUCUUUUGUUCAUGCACACAUCUGUACAUAUGACAGUAAUAUGAAAACAUGUUUCAGUCUGAACCUCGCUGUAUUAUUAUUUUCAACAGAACGUGGCGUCCACCUGCAUUUUCCGUUCAUGCCUUCAUUCAGAAUUGCGUGUACUUUUUUUUUUUCUUUUCUUUUCCAGCUGAAAAUGUGUAAAAAAAUAAAACAUAUUAAAACACGA